AGAGACCGCUGGAGGCUGAGUUGGUGCUCUGGGAGGAACAGCUGGGGUUUCUCAGCCAAGCAGAAGAGACAGGUGCUGGCGAAAGGGUGUGACCAUGGAAGGCUCCAGGAAUUCCACAGGGCCGUCCAAUGACACUGACCUCCUGUUUCACAAAUUCGUCCACCUGGAUGGAGAACUGUCGGACGCCUUUUACACUCUGUGGGUAGUCCUGAUGGUGGUCAACGUCAUCAUUUUCCUGGUGGGUGUGGUGUUGAACUCUUUGGCUCUCUACGUCUUCUGCUUCCGCACCAAAACCAAGACCACCUCGGUCAUCUACACCAUCAACCUCAUUGUCACCGAUCUGCUGGUUGGCUUCUCCUUGCCCAUCCGGAUCAUUGUGCAUUAUAGUGACCGGAACUGUGAGAACUGUGUCCUCAUUCACAUCUUCACCUACUUCGUCAACAUGUAUUGUAGCAUCUUGUUCCUCACGUGCAUCUGCAUCGACCGGUACCUCGCCAUUGUCCAGGUGGAAGCCUCGCGCCGGUGGAGGAACCCCAACUACGCCAAAAGCAUCUGUGCUUUCAUCUGGGUCUUUGCGACCGUGGUCACUUUCUCCAUCCUCAUCAUGGCCAUGAAGUUCUCCUACUGCUGCAUCGCCCAGAUCUUGCCCCUGAUGGUCUGCGAGUAUUUCUUCCCUCUCAUCAUCAUCACCUUCUUCACCACCAGGAUCAUGUGCGCCCUCUCCAAGCCGACCCUCAUGCAACAGAGCCGUGAGCGGCGGAUGCGGGCGGUGCAGCUCCUGAUCACCGUCCUCAUCAUCUUCAUGGUUUGCUUCACUCCCUUUCACGUGCGCCAGCUGGCCAUCUCCAUCAACCCGGACAUGCCCUACAACGUCAGCUUGAUUGUUUACCACGUCACCGUCACUUUAAGCAGCCUCAACAGUUGCAUGGACCCCAUUGUCUACUGCUUUGUGACCAAUAACUUCCAGUCGACCAUGAAAAACAUCUUCAGGAAGUCUGAACCUGAGCAAACCAGUGGGGACAUAAUCAGCGUCAACAAGAACUCGGGAUCCAAUGCUCUCAUCGCCUUCACCAAUGCGAUAGGGAGCCCUUUAGGUUUGCCUUCACCCAAUAGUACCGUGAGCUCUUAGAGACAACAGUGCCCUAGCCGUACAUUGCUGUAAAUGUUGUCAGGCUACAUGGUACUGUUCUCUUUUCUAAGAGUACUUUGGAGCAUCACAUCCAACUUCCGACUUCCUGGGGUUCUCCAAGGACACUAUUAACCUAUGUGCAACAGCCGGAUGGGUCGUCCGGGAACCAAUAUUGUGUCAUUUGCCCCAGUGGGCAGAUUCCAAGAUCGUGUCCUUGGAUGCAUCUCCAUCUCUAGAAACUCUGGGGGUGUGUGAUGGGGACAGAGACGGACAACGACACAUUUUGAUAGCUCCCACCUGCUUCUCUCAUGACCACCUGGAGAACCAGGAACAAAGACGGAUUGAGAUGCUGAGACCACAGAUGGUCACAAGGAGGGCUGACGAAAGAGCAUUUUCAAAGGAGAACAAUACAGGAAGGCUGGAUGGAUGACUGUUGGGAAUUGGGAUGGGUAGUUGUAGAGGAUCCCAAAGGAAAACCAACAAGAGGUUGAACAAUUAGGGCUAACGAUGCUUUAGAAGCACUGAGCAAAAACGCCACUUCUCAAGUGUGUUGUGGUCUAUGAGGAAGAGUACACCAGGGCAAUCCUGGGGGCAAAGUAGACAUUACAUGCAGUCAAAUGCCCCAGCACCUCAGUUCUGUACUGAAAAGACAUCUGGAUCAGGACUUUCCAGUGAUUGCCAAUGCCUGAACUCUUUUCUGUUCAUUGUUUUUCCCUGGUAAUCCUCCCCAACCUACAUCCACUUGUUCAUUGAACGCAGGUAGCUACUGGGAGGAAGGAAACCUGCAGAGAAUAGAGCCAAGCAUUGGAAAAUAUUAAGAAUAUAUCUAAUGACUCUAUGGAAAAUAUACAGGGAGUCUUUCAGCAAAGAAAAAGGCCAUUGAGUAUUUCUAUCCUGAGACUGUGUGUACUGUAUGUUGCAGAGUUUUGAAUUUCUGGUUAAAUUCCUUUUGCUACACAGUAGA